AUGGAUGCUCAGAGAUCAAAGGCCGUUACAAACGCAUUUGUCAAACUGUUUAAUGACGGAGUGAUUUAUCGAGACACGAGACUUGUGAACUGGUGUUGUGCUUUGGGAACCGUGAUUUCAGAUAUCGAAGUAGAUCACGAAACAGUUUCGAGACAGACUUUUUUGAGCAUUCCUGGUCGCGUGGAGAAAGUGGAAUGUGGAGUUUUGCACAAAUUUGCGUACCCUAUUGCGGAACCAUCUGGGGAGAUAAAAGAAUUGGUUGUGGCGACGACUAGAAUUGAAACAAUGUUGGGAGAUGUUGCGUUGGCGGUGCAUCCUGAUGAUCCACGAUAUAGGUCACUGCACGGGGGAAAAGUCUUUCAUCCUUUAUUGAACACCAAAUUGCCAAUAAUAUGUGAUUCUGAACUCGUGGAUAUGGAAUUUGGAACAGGAGUUGUCAAGGUAACGCCGGGACAUGACUUCAAUGAUCACGCAUGUGCAAAAAGGCAUCAAUUACCGAUAGUGAACAUUUUUAAUAAAGAUGGAACAUUAAAUGAGAAUUGUGGAAUUUCGAAUUUGAUGAAUCGAGACAGGUUUGAAGUUCGUAAGGAUAUAAUCUUUCGACUCCAAGAAUUAGGCCAUUAUCGAGGAAAAACGAUAGAUAAUGAAAUGAGGAUUGCCAGAGCUCUUGAGGAUGUCGAGAAUGGGGAAAUCUUGAUAAAACCAAGUUAUCAUGUUGAUGAGUGGAAUAGAUGGUUGGGAAAUGUUCAGGAUUGGUGUAUUUCGAGACAAUUAUGGUGGGGACACCAGGUUCCAGCAUAUAGUUUAACCUACGAAGGUCAGGAGGCUAUCUUGUUGCUUCACCUUAUGAAGGCAAAUUAUCCAACCAAUAUGAUAGAAACAGGGUUUGAUAUUAUAUUUUUCUGGGUUGCCCGGAUGAGCAUGUUGUGCACUUAUUUUUCGGGGAAGCCGCCUUUUGGAAAAAUUUUAUUGCACGCAAUGAUCAGAGAUGCACAAGGAAGAAAGAUGUCAAAAUCUCUAGGGAAUGUGAUUGAUCCUCUGCAUGUAAUUGAUGGAAUAACGUUGGAAGAAUUGCAGCAGAAUAUCUAUAAAAGCAAUCUAUCAAAAUCGGAAAUAGAAAAAAGUCUUAAGAACUUGUCUCAAGAAUUUCCGCAAGGAAUUAAACCAUGUGGCACCGAUGCCUUGAGAUUUGGGUUGGUCAAUUAUACUCAUCAGGUGACAGAAGCGAUUCGAAGCUUUAUUAUUGAAGACUUGUGCGGAACCUAUUUAGAAUUCAUAAAACCCGUUUUGUAUGGGAAUCCGGAUACCGAUGUUGAGACUCAAAGAAUUACCCUGAAGGUUUUAGAGUUAUGUUUGGAUUCCUCUUUGAGACUCUUGCAUCCUUUUAUGCCGUUCAUUACUGAGGAAUUGUGGCAAAUUCUCAUCAGGAGAUCCCAAAAUGAGAUGAACCUGGAAACUCCGGAAUCAAUUAUGAUUUCCAAGUAUCCGAGGAAAGAGGACUUUGAAGGAUUCAGGGAUGAUAAAGUUGAGGAUGAUAUGAAGAUCGUUCUAAGUGUGAUCCAUGCUUCGCGGUCACUCCGUCAGAAAAUCAACAUACCUCAAGGAGUUCAUUUGCCUUUCAUAUUAUGGGCAGAUGAUCCAAUAUUAUUGAAUGGUCAAAGUCCCAUCGUGAAAUAUGUCGCCGACAUAAAGAAAUUCAUUAAAUCGUCAGAAAUUCGCGUAAUUUCUCCUGACGAAUCACACGAUGAAAAAAUAUCUAAAUUACUAGUAGAUUCAGCAGUAGGUUUGGUGACUCCGAAUUUAAAGGUCGGCAUCCCCAUGAGCGCAAUUCAAGGGAUUCAAUCUAAGAGAGCGCUUUCUAGAUCCGAACAACUGCAGGAAUUAACGAAAAAAUUUGAAAAAACCACCAAAGACUUGGAUAAUUUGAGCGAGAGGAUUGGCAGCAUCGCUUAUCUAGAAAAGGUUCCAGACAAGAUUAAGGAUAUGGAUAGGUCUGUGAAUUGCUUAACCGAUUUAUUUUAA